AAAUUAAAAAACCAAAAACAAAAAACAAAAAAAAGCUUCUUGUCUUAUUGAAAACUGGCGGUUAAUUUUUCAGUGUCCGUUUGACUGCGGCAGCAGAGCACCGGAGGCAGUCAGCCGAUUGAUGGCGGGGCCAUUGGUGAAUCCCAGGCUUCGCAGCCUUCUAUGGUGGCGAAGGUGGGCCAAAAAGGACUGGGCAAUCGCCGCCGUCGGAUGUACCGUUAUCGCCUUCGCUCUCACUCUCCUCUCCAACUCUUGGCGCGACGAACCAGACUCCGAAAUCUCCCGCCCGUUUCUUCCCAACGCCGCCGCCUUCGAUUUCGUCGACUUGACCUUGCUGCGCAACGCCAAAGAUAGAGGCGCCCUUUGUUUGGACGGGACUGCCCCUGGCUACCAUUUCAGGAAGGGAUUCGGAUCCGGCGCCAACAAUUGGCUGCUUCACAUUGAGGGUGGAGGUUGGUGCAAUUCGAUUGAAUCGUGUUCUUGGCGCAAAGGUACUCUACUAGGGUCUUCUAAUUACAUGGAUCGUCGAGUUCCCUUUUCUGGGAUUUUGAGCUCUCAUCCAUCACAAAAUCCUGAAUUCUUUAACUGGAACAAAGUCAAAAUCAGAUACUGUGAUGGCGCGUCCUUUGCUGGCCACCCGGAAAAUGAGCCUAAGAAUGGAUCAGGACCUUUUUUUAGGGGCCAGCUCAUCUGGGAAGCAGUUAUGGAUGAACUCUUGUCAAUUGGCUUGUCAAAAGGGAAACAGGCCCUUCUUUCAGGAUGCUCUGCCGGUGGGUUAGCGACUCUUAUACAUUGUGAUGACUUUCGACAUCUUCUGCCUAAGGAUGCAACUGUCAAAUGUCUUGCUGAUGCAGGUUUUUUCCUUGAUGAGGAAGAUGUUCUCCAGCAUCGGACGAUGAGGUCUUUCUAUAAUGAUGUUGCCAUCCUUCAGGGUUUAUCAAAAAGUUUGCACAAGGAUUGCCUUUUGAGGAUGGAACCAGCUAAGUGUCUCUUUCCUGAAGAAGUUAUUAAACACAUCAAUACCCCAGUGUUUCUUGUCAACCCAGCUUAUGAUUUUUGGCAGGUACAACAUAUCUUGAUACCUGAAGCAGCAGAUCCACAUGGCUAUUGGAGAAAGUGUAAACUGAACAUUCACAAUUGCAAUCCCAGCCAGCUUAAAACACUACAUGGUUUCCGUGAUUCUAUGCUGAAAGCACUGACUGAAUUCCAAAAAAAUACGGAAGGAGGAAUGUUUAUAAAUUCAUGUUAUAUUCAUUGCCAGACGUGGAUAACCGAGACAUGGCAUUCACCCACUUCUCCACGAAUAAACAAUAAGAAAUCUUCCCCUAUUGUUUAUGCUCCUAUCCCUGUAGACAUUGAGAAGGAAGGUGUCUAUCAAUCACGAAAAGAAAAUAGAGACAAGGUGUGAAGAAAACGGAAUAACAGUUUAUACUUGCCAUCAUGUUACAAGUUUUUUAUAUAGAGGAGAGAAACACUUUUUAAUAUGAUGUUCUAUGUGCUUUCAAUGUAGUAAUUGUUCUUUGUGAUGUAAACAUGUAUCCCGUGGAUAUCUUUUGUACUUUGCUUUCCAGAAAAAGAUUUAGCAACGAAAAUACGGAGACUGGAGACAAGAUGAAAGUUUAAGGAUCUUCCUCCCCUUUGCUUGUUUGCUCACUUUCCUUGAGGUUUUCGAAAUAUACAUAUAUAUGUAUAUGUAUAUAUACGUUGUUUUCUUAUAAAUGUUUCUGUUCAUGCAACUGAGUGCCUAAAUACCACGAGUUUGGCAUUACGGCAUCAAAAUCUGCUCAUCAUUUUUGUUUGAAAAAAAAAUGGUCCUCUGUCAUUUUUCAUACUGAACUUGUCAUCUGA